AUGGAUGCAAAAAGGAAAUUAUCAACACAGGGCGAUUCUCUAUACGAGGUACUAUCGCUACCGAAAACGGCGACCAGUGAUGAAAUAAAAAAGACUUAUCGGCGCUUAGCACUUAAAUACCAUCCGGACAAGAACCCGAACAAUCCGGACGCGGCCGAGAAAUUCAAGGAGGUGAACAGGGCCCAUUCCAUACUCAACGAUCCCACCAAACGGAAUAUAUACGACAAUUACGGCUCGUUGGGCCUCUACAUUGCCGAGCAAUUCGGCGAGGAGAACGUCAACGCCUACUUCGUAGUCACCUCUACUUGGUGUAAGGCGUUGUUUUUCGUGUGCGGCAUCGUGACAUGCUGUUACUGCGGUUGCUGUUUGUGCUGCUGUUGUAAUUUCUGCUGCGGCAAAUGCAAGCCGAGACCGCCCGAGGACACCGGAGAUUAUCAUACGUUAAACCGAGAUCAGGGCCCCAGUACGGCACACCAGAAUGUUCAUACCACACAACCAGGUAAAAGGGACGACGGAUCCGACCUCGGCAUGGGCGACUCAUCGCCCAUAACCAACCAGCCGUCGCCCAACAGGAGCCAGAACGCCCCCGUCUACGCCAUGCCGCCGCCGCCCUACAUGGGCGAGAGCGCCGCCCUCAAUCAAGGAGAAGUGCCCGUCUACACGCCAGAUUUAUUCAGCAAACAAUAA